ACAAACGCGUCCGCACAACUUCCUGCGCAUACGGACGAGUUCGACAUGUGCGCAGUACAAAUGAGUAUGUAUACUCCACCAGACCAUCAGAGGGCAGCACCGAGCUGGUUAUUCACAGGCCCACUGCAAAUUAAUGAUAGAAGAAGUGUGGCUCCACCAUUGCAGAUGACAGAGAUAACACUUAGCUGCCCUGAACACAUCUUUACACUCUCUUAAUUUUGAAUUAUAUAAAUACGGGGUGUGCGGACGUCCGUGGACUCUUCUGAUGAUAAAAACUGCGUCAUGCGGAGGGCGCGCAAACGCGUACGGACGGACUAUACCUGCGGCUUAAAGUGAUCUCGAAUUCCUAUUGUCUCUGGUGCUCACUCAGUCAACUGACCAACAUGAAAAGAUGUCACAGGUGCAUUUAUUUCUGCCUGAAGGACUUUUACAAGCUGUGGAAUUAAUUUGAACAGAAACAAGAACACCCACCAAAAGGAUUUUCUAAUAUAGCUUUACCAUUCUUCAAAUAAUUGUACAUUAAGUGCAAAAGGACAAUGAACUCUACAAUGCUUCAGUACAGUUCAGCAGAAAGAUAUGCGGAAAGCUUUGCAAAAAAUUUCACUAUUGUCUUCCUUGGUGUCGUUAUUAACUGUAUCAACGGAAUAUUUGUGUUUACAUUCUUUAAAAGUUCAACUUUCUACAAUGAUCCAAGAUAUAUAUUAUAUAUUCAUCUGGUUAUCAAUGAUAUGCUUAUGGUUUUUAUAACUGUCGUUCUUUUUGUGAUGGCUUAUGCAUGGCAAAAUGUACCUGUGCCAUUCUGUAUUCUGCUGUUAAUAACAGCCUCAGCCACCCAUAAGAAUACUCCAUUGACUUUGGCCGGUAUGGCCAUUGAGCGUUACAUCGCCAUCUGCAAACCUCUGCAUCACUCUCAGAUCUGUACAGUACGCAGGACGUACAUCCUCAUCUCUCUCAUUUGGGGGGUUGGAGUUAUGCCUGCGCUGGCUGACUUGAUUGUGUUUUUAAUUUUUCGUUCAUUGUCCAUCUUCACAAGCACUUUCUGUAGUUCAGCAAAUCUGUAUAACACACCGUACCAUGAACUACAAAGCAAACUUACCCACGGGCUUUAUACAUCUGCUGUGUGGCUGAUUCUUGUAUUCACUUAUUUUAGAGUGCUGGUUACUGCCAGAAGAGCCAAUACUGAUAAAUCGUCGGCUAAAAAAGCACAGAGCACCAUCCUGUUACAUGGAAUACAGCUUUUGCUCUGUAUGUUAUCUUACAUCACUCCUCUUAUAGACAGGAUUUAUACUGAUGUUACACCUGUUAUGCGGUCAAAAGUCCUCUUUUUUAAUUAUCUUUUAACAAACUUGUUACCACGACUGCUCAGCCCCCUGAUUUACGGUGUUCGGGAUAAGCAUUUUUUAAAGUCUAUUAAAGGAAUUAUUUUGUGCAGAUUUGUAAUUGUUAAAGUUGAACCAACAGGCAAUAAGCUAAAGAAGUAGCACUGGAUAAGUCUGGUGCAUAAGUGUAGUUUCGUUCAAACGCUUUACAAGGUUUCAUUCAUUAGUGUAUAGCUAACAUGAACUAACAUUGAUCAAUAUAUUUUACAGCAUUAUUAUGUCUUAACAAUCAUGUCUGUAAAUACCAAUACAACAUGUUCAAUUUAAUUUAUUGUGCAUUAGCUAAU